AUGAAGCGCGUUGCCAACGAGAUUAAGGAUGUGACAGAAGACAAAACAGCCAAUAUACGUAUCUACGUACCCAAUGAAAGCAACUUGUAUCACUCCAUAGCAUCUAUCACUGGCCCACCAGGGACACCUUAUGAAGGUAGCCACAUGAGUGAAAAGUUUCCUUGCAUACAUCCUUUUGAACCUCCAGAAAUCAAAUUCAUAACCAAAGUCUAUCAUCCCAAUGUCAGCUCGCAAACAGGUGUUAUCUGCUUGGAUGUGUUGAAGAAUAACUGGACACCUGCUAUGACAUUAAGAAUCGCACUCAUGUCUAUACAAGCAUUAUUAGAUAGUCCUGACCCGGACUCACCUCAGGAUGCAGAAGUUGCCAAAGUAUACAAAUCAAACAGAUCAGCUUUUAUUGCAGAGGCUAAGAAGUGGACAGAUUUUCAUGCAGAGACGAGUUUGGAUGCAUAUAUAGCUGCUCAUUUUUGUCAUGAAGAUUAA